UAAUGUGCCAAGCUCGAGAGUCUAAAAUUCAAAUCCUAGCUUGGGUUAACUUAGAUAUGAGUUCUCUAUUUUUAAUUUUCCUUAUCCUUCUUGUUGCCGAUGGGGUCCUUGUCCGAGGAAGUAUAAAUAUUACAGAAAUAAGCUUCGAUCAAAACUAUGAGGUUACGUGGGGUGAUAAUCAUGUUGUCUCCUUAAACCAAGGGAAAGAAAUUCAGCUCACAAUGGAUAACUCUUCAGGAUCCGGUUUUGGAUCCAAGAUGUCAUAUGGCUCUGGACUAUUCCAUUUGAGGAUCAAAGUACCAGAUAGGAAUUCUGCUGGAGUUGUCACAGCUUACUACUUAACUUCACAAGGAAGAAGUCAUGACGAGUUAGACUUUGAAUUCUUGGGCAAUAGAGAAGGGAAGCCAUAUAGAUUACAAACCAAUGUGUUUGUAGACGGCCAAGGGAAUAGAGAGCAAAGAAUUCUCCUUUGGUUUGAUCCUACUGCAGAUUUUCACAAUUAUAGAAUUCUUUGGAAUCAACACCAAAUUGUAUUUUAUGUGGAUAACAUCCCUAUUAGGGUAUACAAGAAUAAAAGCGAUAUUGGAGUCGGAUACCCAACAAAGCCAAUGCAAAUACAAGCAUCUUUAUGGGAUGGAGAUAGUUGGGCAACAAAUGGUGGCAAAACCAAAACUGAUUGGAGCUAUGCACCAUUCAGAGCAAGUUUCCAAGGCUUUGAUGUUAGUGGUUGUCAAGUUCCAACCUCAAAUAUUAGCCAAAAUUGUUCUUCUGAUAAGUACUGGUGGAAUACGCAGAAGUUUUGGCGGUUGGAUUCUGUACGACAAAGACAAUAUGAACGUGUUAAACACAAGUAUAUGACCUAUGAUUAUUGUGCUGAUAGGAAUCGAUACCCAGAGAUUCCCUUGGAGUGCCUUUAAUUAAUUACCCAAUUAAUUUACUCACAUAUAUGCUUAAAAAAAUUGCCAUUUUUUAUGGAAUUGAAUUGGAGCUUCUUUUGAACGAUUACGUGGCAGAGGAGGAGGAAAAAAGUGUUGAUUCAAUUUGAUUAUCCGAGUAUCGAUUGUUGUUCUUGUUUAGUUGUUUACCCAAAUUUGAUGAUGUGCAAUCAUAUUUCUGUUAACAUCUUUUUUAUAUUAUGUAAUGCUUGAUAAGUCUGAAAUUGUUUAGGACAAACCGUUUCUUUUUUUUA